UCGAAAGAGGGCAGAAUCAACUUCCUUACGAAUUUUCCGUAAGAAAAUGCAUCAUUUUUCUUCAAAAUUCAACAUGAGGUGAACAGCAGAAGAUGCAAAGAAUGUGUUAUCGGUGAAGGCAGGUUGCCCCUUUACAAACUUCACCAUGGUACCAUGAGGAAACAAUAUAGGUGGCAAACAAUCUCCGUCAUUCUACUUCUAGUACUACUGUUGUCAUUAAUUGCUACAGCGAAGGCUUUAUCAAACAGUACAAAGAACUUACAGGGUCCCAUCGAAUCCUGUGCGCAGAGCCCGAUUCGCCAAAACGUAACUCUUCGUGGUGGAAUUAACGCAGGAAGUUUUAAGAAAUUGGCUCAGUUUGUUGCAAUGCAACUUUGUAUUCGCUUGUGCUGCGAGGAAAAGGGUUGCGACGUCGCGCUCAUGUCCGGCAAAAACUGCUAUGGGGUACAAUGCUUCAGUGAAGAAUUGUGUACUGCUGUACUAGCGAAGAAAGCGCCAUCUUCGUUGAUGAUUUCUCAUGUCACAAUAAAAGGAGAGGAAGGUAACAGUCGUAGAAUUCACCCUGUUCCGCAGAAUCUGAAGUGUGCAGAAAGCAAAGCAGAGGACGGCGUGACCUUAAAAGGUGGAAUUUCUGCUGGAAACUUCACGGAUGUAGGAAGUGUGGAAAGCGUGGAUUCCUGUACGCGACUUUGUUGUGUUUCAGAAAAGUGCGACCUAGCUCUAAUCAUAAAAGGGCAUUGUUUCUUAGUAUCUUGUUUUACUAAAGAACUAUGUAAGACAGUGAAAUCUGAGACUAAGAAUUAUCAGCCCACUGUGGCAUUUGUGCGAAGAUGGGUCACAAAUGUCACCGAGGACACAGCUAUAACGUUGAGCAACCUUCCAGCUACAAACUCAAAACUAAUGUGCAAAAACAGUGAUAUAAAAUACAACUCGACACUAAAAGGUGGAAUAAAGGCUGGUAACUUCACAGAUUUGGGUAAAAUAUCCGAGAUAUCGACAUGCAUUCGUAUGUGUUGCGGUAGAAAGGAUUGCGACGUGGCACUGAUGUUAGAGGCGAACUGUUACGCGGUAAAUUGUUACAACGAGGAUCUCUGUCAGCCUGUGCUUGCGCGCAAGUCUGGUUUACUGACCAACCUGAGUCCGAGGUUAUCAUACAUAACAAGUCGAGAUGAGGAAGCUCUCCCACAAGAAAUAGCCAUUGGUAACGGCAUGUAUUGCAGACCUAGCGUUGUAUCAUAUGACGUUACACUCCGCGGUGGACUUUCCGCGGGAAAAUUCACUCCAAUUGGUCACGUGGACAAUAUGGAAGCAUGUGUUCAUUUGUGUUGUAAGAGAAAUACUUGUGAUAUCGCCCUGAUGUUAAGGGACUCUUGUUAUGCUAUCACGUGUGCCAGCGAAGAACUCUGCGAAGAGGUGCCAGCUCCUUCUUCUGAUUUUUACCCCAGACUUUCCUACGUUAGAAGAGAUAUUGGGAGUCAGAACAAGAAAGAACAUACUCAGACCAAGACUGAGACAAUACAUCAAGCUAAUGACACCCAAGAUCGAGAGGACCUAGAUACUAAGGAAGAGGGCUACUGCACAAACAGUGAGGUGAUGACAAACGUCACUCUGCGAGGCGGGAUUUCUACUGGACAUUUUCGGGAUCGGGGAAAGGUCCCAAACAUGAGAGCUUGUGUUGAAAUAUGCUGCAUCUCAAAAAGCUGCGAUGUCGCAUUUAUGUUGAAAAACAACUGCUUUUCAGUCAUGUGUUUUAACGAGAAACUGUGCGAGGCUGUGCGGGCGCGGUCAUCGAUUUACGCCCCCAGAAUUGUUUAUAUUUACGCCAGGACAAAGAGCAAUUUACUUGCUCCACAAAGCGUCAGAAAACGUCGAAGUGAGCAUUUAAAUAAAAAUACUUUUCGUGAGCAGUUAUCCGACGUGCCUAUAUCGGAUACAAGGCUUAAACUUGACCGAGACAGAUACAAGCGCCAAAUGCACAGAAAGGUAGACAGUAAGGAAAGCCUUGUAUCAGAAAUAACCAAUGUCAAACCUCUGAAAUGCCCGCACGGGCCGAUACUUUCUAAUGUCACUCUUCGACAUGAGCUGCGUGCCGGGAAAUUCUCGCGACUUGGCAAAGCUGAAGACAUGGAGACCUGUAUCCAGAUGUGCUGUGACAAGGAUGACUGUGAGAUGGCUUUUAUGCCUGGAAAUCACUGCUAUGGUGUUGACUGUUUUAGUCAGAAACAUUGUGAGAUUACUACUGUAAAGCCUAGCAAUGUUACAGUCAAGAUUGCAGCCGUGCGACCGAUUGCCGUAAACCCGGCAAAGGAUCAAAUUGCAGUUUCAGUGGAAGAUCCGUCGACUCAGGAGGAACUUCACUGUACCCAGAGUCCAAUUUUAAAGAAUGUGACUCUAAGAGGUGGAAUAAAAGCUGGAAAUUUCAGCGACCUUGGUGACGAGAAGAACAUGCACAUGUGCAUUGCGCUCUGCUGCGAGCGUAAGACUUGCGACCUGGCCUUCAUGAUAGGAGGAACAUGUAUAGCAGUAGACUGUUUCAGUGAGGAGCUCUGUCAGGCAGUCAAGGCGAGACCCACGAAAUAUGACCCGCAAAUAGCCUUCAUCAGGCGUAGAGAGCUUCAGAGGCCAGCGAGAAAAGCAAACGUCCUCCCAACAGCACCAAGUUCAGAAAUACCAACCAUGAAAAUACAUGAGAUUAUCAGCGACAAGUUGCCUCACCCAACCAUACUAAAAACUAGCACGUGCUCGGCUAGCAAAAUCUACCCAAACGUCACUUUGCUCGGAGGAAUUAAAUCCGGAAACUUUACAUCACUGGGAAAGACUAAAAACAUGCAGGAGUGCAUUGGAAAAACGUGCGAACUGGGGAGUGGUGAUUUAGCCUUCAUGCUGGGAAGCUACUGUUACUCAGUUACAUGCUCAAGUGGUAGAGUUUGUCAGACAAUUCCCGCUCAGCCUUCCAAGUUCUACCCCAGAAUAGCGUUCUUAAAGUGGGCGCCAAAAAUAAACGAAACAGAACUGCUCGAGGACGAAGGUGCUGACUAUACAGCCAUUCCUAAAUGUACUCGUAGCCACAUCUUGUACAACCAUACUUUAUUAGGAGGUCUUAGAGCUGGAAACUUUACGCACAUAGCCGAAGUGGAUAGCAUCGAGACAUGCGCGGCUCUUUGUUGUGCUGAGCAGACAUGUGACCUGGCCUUGGUUUUAGGAGAAAACUGUUACGCUGGAGACUGCGCAAGUAAAGAGCUUUGUGUACCUGUACCAGUUCAUCCUACAGCCAAUAAAGGAUCGCAGAUUGCGUAUAUCACCUCGAGGAAAAAGGUCGAAGAACCAGGCACAGACUGGAGUUUGUGGUAUAUCAUAGUUGGCUCUAUCGCUAUUGGUAUCGGCAUAACUGGAAUUAUGUGGACCCUCUGUACCUGUUGGCAUCGUGGAAGACGACUGCGAUCGAAAGACGAACCAAGUGACAGAUUUACCAUGAUGAACGAAUGCGGUGAUUCACCUCAAGGACUAGAAAUGUUACCACAGGGCUGGAAUCUACAAAAGUUUGGCCAACAAUACAAUAACUUCGGGGAUCCCAAGUGCAUAAAAAACGGCCCGAUGUUUUUGAGCGAUAGUGAAAGUGAUUCAGAUGAGGACACAGAGGUGCCUCGCCGGAACAGAAUUCCGUCCCUUAAAGAAGCGCAGUCUAUUAAGAAAUCCCUCAGUUAUAACGGCCCUCCGCCACCAUGCUCUGUGGAAAGAUUUAACGGACCCAGUGUCAUAAGCUUGGAUUCCAAGUCGAGACGAGCAAUGCAGAACUUAUAACGUGUGUAAGGCAAAGCAUUAUAACAGAGAAGAUCUAUUUCUCUUUAAUUUAGCAUGGUCGGCAUGGUUAGAAGUAAACUUUUUCAUAAAAGAACAAAAAGAAAAGAAAACAAAAAAAAGCAUCUUCUAGGGAGCUGAUGGAAGAGGUAUCGAAGAGUUUCAUUAAAUGUACAAGGCCGCCUGAAUCAUUCUUAGCAAACAUCGCAUCCUUAAUAGUAUGACUGGAAUAUUUAUUGUUUGUCUCUGUCGUAGAAUGCCUUUAAAAUGCAGGUCCGUUAUUUUAGAAGGAGACUAUAAGCUUAACUCAUUUACCGCUAUCGUAGAUUUCUCCAAUGUUCAAAUGAGAAAAUGUAAAAGGAGUUUUCUAGGUUCUGCAUGUACUUAGGCACUUGUAAUGGUUAGAUCUUAGCGCAGUCACCUAGUAAGAUCUCAUAUGUUGAUUUCUCAUGCCUCAGUUGUGAUUGAGGGGAAAAGACUUUUGCUGAAGGAUGUCACUUAGUUGCUUUCUGCGCAUUUUUUUAGAUUUUGUAAGCUGUGUUUAGAUCUCAGUGGUGUAAAUAGGAAAUUUUAGACAGUAGGAGGAGAGAGACUGACAAAACCGAGAAGCCCUUGGCAUUGUAUUUAUAAUUUGUAAUUAACCAUGUAAAACGAAAAUAAAAUGUUUUAUCUUU